CGCAUUAAUAUUGUUGUGUUUUUUCUCCUAUAUGACGCGUGCUUGGCUUAACGAAGCAAUCAAAUAUUUAAAGUUUUUAUUAGUGUACAAAAAAUAAUAUAUUUAACAAGAAUAAAAAAGUUGAAAUGCGACAUUGAAGUGUGCUCGCAAAACUUGUUAUGAGUGCUAACCAAGAUUAAAAACAAAAAAAAGGUGCAAAAAAAAUCAAUAAACGAGAGAUAAAAUGUAAAAAAAGUUUUAAUUUCCAACUGGUUAAUUCACCGCCAAAUGGCAAUAGAUAAAAGCAACCGACAAUGAAUUGUGUGUGCGUAGACAAAUUUUAUUCUUAAAAGCUCAAACCAAACAGCUUUUGCUGGAUGCGCCAUAUGGAACCACAUACAGUGUUGGUGUAGGAAAUUAAUAAACACAACAACAACGAGUACAAAACCUAGCAUAACUCAGACAACAAAAAGUUAACGAUGCCAUAGUGAUGCUGAAUCAGGAAUCUGGAUUCUGGAAUAAAAAUGCGCGCAUAAAUUACAGAGAUAGUCGCAGAUAUUGGAAAAAGAGUAAAUAAAGUUGCUUAGUGGAAUUUGUUGCUGCUACCAAAUUUAGCCGCACUUGGCUACAAUAAAAACAAAAAUACAACCACCAACUCCCGCAGCCGUGAAGAACAGUGCAAAAAACAUGCAUACAUAUCGACGGCCAAUGUAAGUUGCAGUGUAUUCAGCAAUGGAAUGCUGGUAAUUUGUGGCAGCUGGUGCACUGAUCGCUCUUGCUGUAACUUUUCUUCUGCUUCAGUUAGCCAGCGUUUCGCGUAUUGUCGUUGACCGGAAAAUCAACGUCAACAACAUUGACGUUGGCAACAUUUAAUGGCACAACAACUGUGCUGUUGUAUCUUCAACUGGCGUGGCUGAUGAGGCUGGCGUGGUUGUUGAGUGUGCACAUUUCUGAAUUCAACAUUUUAACAUUUGGUUAGCCUGGGAACCGGCGUGAAAUGUAUGAUGUUACCCAGAAUAAAAGUCACAGCUAUAAGCUAUUCAAUAUGCAUAAAAAUAAAGCACAUAACAACAAUAAAAGAUAAAUAAAUAAAAUAUAUAUAUAUAUAUAUACAAUAUAUAUGUAUAUAUAAACGGUGUAUAUACUUAAAAGUAAAAUUGUAAAAAUAAUCGCUGUAAGAGAAGCAAAUCAACAGCAAUCAGCGCCUCCACCACCGACGGCAUGGAGGAGGACGUAUUGAACGCACUGCAAACGCGUACGGCCUACUUACCCGGCGGCUACGAUCGUACGGGCAAAAUCAUCGUCGUUGUUAACAUCAUCAAUGAUUUACAAUUGUGGAAUCGCAGAUGUUUGGAGCUAUCGAUUGCCUACUUAAAAAGUGCCUUGAGCGCCGCCACUUUGCAACGAGGCGUUACCGUCAUUGUGGAUGCGCAGAAGAGUACAACGCGUAUUACACGUACGCAUGCGCGUAUUAUUUAUGCGCUCUUCGAUGAUAUUACAGUCAAUUUAUUUCUAGUCAGAGCAGAGGGCUUCUGGGAGAAGCACGUGGAGACAUGCACCAGCAAAUCACAGACGAAGGGCGAGCCCAUUGUGCUUUCGAAGGCGCGUUUAAUAAAAUAUUUCGACUUGUCACAAUUGCCAGAAGAAUUGGGCGGCUCUUUGUCAUUUAACUACGAUUUAUGGCUGCAGCAAAGAAAGGCCAUUGAUGAAUUCCAAAAAACUUUUGAUUCAACACUUAACAGCAUGGAAAACUUGCAUGUAGUGCUGUUGAAUAAUAAAUCAUUGCGCCCAACGGAAGCGGAUGCGGAGCUGAAGAAGUGCGCACAGCUGCAUACGAGCGUGCAACAACAAAUUGAAGUGGUCAUAGAGUUAGGUAAUCGUGUACUAAAUCGGCUGGCCGAGGCUUAUGCGCCCCCCAAACACGUAUCCGCGCAUGCCCAUUCAUGCAGCGAAAGUUUAGCCGCUCCAAAACAAAUGCCACUCACCUCACCUGCCAUAGGCACACCAACAGCAACAACACUAUCCUUUCAAGAUCUAAAUAGUAGUAGCAUUCAACCGCCUCUAAAUACCACCUGCAGCACCGUAACCAACACACCCGCCACACGUUUGCCGCUCCCUCCGGACCUUCAAUGUGCACGGGCACGCAUCGAAUUACUGCUGAAUCAAAUUGAACGCAAACAAACUGAAAUACGCACGGCGUGGCUGGAACUCUUGCAAAGCAUACGUGAAGCACGCGAACUGGCGCAUCUGGAAGAGGGUGUCGCCUUCGUUACCAAUUGGAUUCUGCAAACAGCCGAACAUAUGCUCAGUCGACAGUACAGCAUUGGUGGCGAUGUGCAUAGCUGUGAGACGUUGCGUGCCGCACACGAUGUACUCGAGCUGGAGUGCCGCGAGACAUAUGGUUUCUAUGCGGAAUUACUGUAUAAGAUCGACGCCUUUGCCGGGGUAAAGGAUUCGUAUGCGUACAGGGAUUUAAUGUCACAACGUGAUUUCAUGCAAUUCGUUUGUCGCUCUUUUGCAACGCGUCUGGAGCGGCGUCGAAAUGUACUCAUCACAUCGUUGCGGUUUUUUCGACUCGUUAGCGAGUAUUUCGAUCGGACGACUGCGGUUUUUGAAACACUAGUCAUGGGAAAUAAAAUAGCAGAGGAGAACUUUGAGGCGGCUGCGGAGAAUUUGCAGCAAUUGAAGGAGAGUCAGCUGAGCUUGACCAACCUGGAACGCGAACUCGUUAAAGAGGGCGAAAAACUGAGCGAUAUGCUGGCGAUGCCGGUGAAAGAUGCGCUUGGCCGUGACCUACACAUCGACUACAGCGACGACAUCUGUAAUGUACGCGAUAUUUUGGAUACAACGCUGGCGCGGCGAAACAUCUUCAGCGACAGCGUCGAACUGCAGAAACUCACCUUGGAACAAGUGACACACAUUUACACGUACGAACAGGAUGCCCGCAUGGCCGUUAAAUGGAUGGAGGAUUUGUACAAUGUCAUGAUCAAGUGCCAUUCGCAUGUCGGCUGCAAUAUACACGAGAUACAGGUGCAGAAGGAUGAAUUGCAGACAUUUCAAGAAACCGGAAAGAGUAUCUACAACUACGGCUGUCAACUAUUGGAAGCUUCACAAGCGCUACGCAUUUCCUGUCGUCUAGAUGCUGAUGCCAUUCCACAGCGCAUGUCACAGCAAUUACAAUACACUUGGCAUCGAUUGCUGGCCAUAAGUCAGGAGCAUAUGACUCGUUUGCGCGUCUCAGCCGUGUUCCAUCGCAGUGUCGAGGAGUAUAACCAACAAUUACAGGGGCUACGCUUAUCGGUGCGCAAUCUAAAGCAGACGCCUAACAGCAGCAGCGGCAUCAGCAGCGAAUCGGACACACGAGCCUCGCCGCCAAUCAUUAUUGGCGGCAGAGAUGGUGAUGCUGUAGACGAAGAGGGCCAUAGCGUUGGUGGAUAUGCGGACAAAUCGACAACGACAGCGGCAACGGCUACGAUGACGACAACGGCGACGAUGACUGCGAUAAAGACGCCAACAGCAGGUGGAACAGCAGCAUUGCUGCGUGAUCAGCUGCGCAAACAUUUGGUGGUACGCGAACAGCUGCUGCUUGAAGUGGGUCGCAUGGUGCGGCUGGGCAGAUUGUUGAAAACUCGUUUGAAAGAACCAUUCAUCUUGGAUGCCGUAACGGGGAUGAGCAUUGCAGUUGAUGAGUUGGCAACGGAUAACUCUAGUCCUGCCGGUGAUAUGCUCACGCAGUCUUCCAGUUCAGAUGGCACAACAACCAAUGAGAGCAUCGCUGAGUCCAGUUCGAUUGUCAUAAAACCUACGGGUAACAAUGAAAUCGCAUGCACGGCCAUCUCGAAUAAGCUGCAGGAGAUCGCUGAGGUUGCUGAGUCUUUGGAUGCCUCUAUACGCGAUGUGCAACAGGAUGCUGAGGCGUUGGAGGUGAAUUUAACAGGCAGUGCUGCGAAGAAACGAGAGGCUAUGAGGAGUAAUAGUAGUGAGGAUUGGCACUCACGUUCAACAGAGGAUGACUCUUUUGUUACCACCUCCGAAGGCAAUUUCACGCCGCAUUCCCACUCAUCUUCGUACCACACAGCCUCUGGACGCACUUCUUCGUACAUUAGCUCCGAUAAAAACUCUUUUGAUGUGAGCGAAGCUGAUGAUUCGACUUUUGCAUCUGCCUAUGAAAUUCCCGCUGACAUUAAUAUGUCCUUCGAUGGUUCGGAGCAAAGUUUUGUAUCCGCUCAACAGCAAGAGUGUACACCUUCAUCACUUCAGCAACAACAACAGCACCAUACGGAAGAGCCAAUUGGUAGUGGCGCCUACGCAUUGCCACCCGCCGCUGACGAAGCCGAUGGCGAUGGCAGCAGCAUCGCUGACGUUGAGGAGUUGCACAGUCAAAGUAUUACACCUACACCUGGUGAUGGUGAUGUGGAGCAAUAUAAUUGCCAAAGUAUACCCGUCGAGUCAGAAUCCGAUUUAGAUUCAUCUUUUAUAGUCGAUGCACCAUCCAUAGCAGUGCUGACGGAAGAAACAGUGCCGGUCACAUCGGUGACACCGGAGGUGAGCACGUGUUCAAGUACUGAGUUGCAGCAGCAAAUGCAAAAUCACAACAAUAAUAAUAAUACUAACAACAAUAACACGAAUAGCCAAAAGCCAAAUGCCGCCUGGCGACGCAGCAAAUAUUACGAGAAUAUAACCAAGCAGACCAUUAAGGGAUUUCUAUAGGCGAACAUCGUGCGGGGGCGGCUACAACAAAUGACAAUGCCAACGCUAACGCGAUGCUUUGCAUGCGUUCCUUUUCACGCACAUACACGCCCAUAUACAUUCAUACAUACAUACAUGAAAAAGAAACUAAUUCAAAGAAACCAAUAUUUUGUAAAAUUUAUUUGCUUAAGCUAAAUUAGUUUGCUGUUUAUAAGCCGAUACGCAACUAACCGUGAACUUAGCCGAUUGUUAUUGCAUACAUACAGCCAUACAUAGACGCGUAUGUAUAUGCUUAUACAUGUGUAUGUAUGUGUGUAACUUGAAAACGCAUGAGAAUCGGAAAUGUUUUCUAAAUAAAAUGGCUUUGCAUAUUUGUAUGUUUGGAGGCGUAUGAAAGCAUGAGUGGAUGUGUGUAUGUACAUGUUUAUGCAUGAUUAUAAUGGUAAAUAUAUGCAUACUCCUGUGCUCAUACUAAUAUUAGUGCGACAAAUUCCAAAGUUUUAUUCAAUUCAUAGAAAAAAAGAAUGCCAAGCACUCGUUUCAUGGAAGAAAAUGUCUAGCCCCAUAAGCACAAAAAAAAAAAAUUAUUAAAAAUCAACGAGAAUUUUGAAGCACAUUAAACUGGCACUUUAUUAUCCCAAAAUUCAUUGAGCUUUAAAACUGCAUACCCAGAACUUUUCUAGAAUUUAUCGAAACAAAAUUUAAAUCUUGAUAAAAAUUUGUUGAAAUUUUUAAUAUUUCUUAUAAUGCUUGAAAUAGAGCUCCAGAUACUCGGAUAUUGAGCAGUGCGAGUAGUUUGUUCGAAAUUUUCAAGUUUGAGCAACUAAACAAAAAUUGUCAAUUUUAUUUUUCAACAUUUUUUUUAGUUUGCUAACGGCGUUAGCUCUGUGUAUAAAUAGUUUGUAAAACUUAAAAAAAGUGCUAACAAAAAAAUCAAAACGCGGGAAAAUUAUCGAGCAAUAAUCGUUAAACAGGUAUGCGUGUACUCCUCUUCUUCUUCAUCUGCUUAGCGUCACAUUCCUUGAUGAACCAUUGCUUCCUUCACAGUUUCUUGCCAUCGAUCUCGACUUACAGCCACUUCCCUCCAACGUUGCAUGCGCAUUUUCUAAAGAUCAGUUUCCACAUCUUCUAGGCACCUUUUCCUCGUGCGUCCCCUUUUUCUUUCACCAAUUGAGCGAAGAUUUAGUGCCUUUCUCGUUAAUCGCUCACUUGGCAUUCUAGCCACAUGUCCCAGCCAUCUAAGUCGUUGAGACUUAAUAAAUAGUAUUUUAGUUUCUUUCUUAACUUUGCCUUCCAUAUUUUGGCAUCGUUCCUAAUGCGAUAAGUGCCAUCUGCCAGUCUAAGCGUACCAUAGAUCUUUCGGAGCACUCUUUUUUUCAAAGCACAUUAGCUGUUUUGUGUCGUUAGCUUUCAGCGUCCAUAGUUCACGGCCAUAUGUAAGCAGAGGUCGUCGUGUCAGUGCUUUAUACAUUAUUAAUUUUUGCUCACGCGAUAAUAUUUUAGAUCUGAGCAAUUUUAGAUUAGCAUUAUAUGCUUUGUUGGCUGCCCGAAGAUCGAGUAACCAGUUUCCCCGAAAACUGGAAACCUCGAUGGAAGCACUAGGACCUAAAGAACGGAGGUGAGCCCUACACAGCCUCGGUAUGCGGGUACACGUCGCUCCUUUAGCCGGGCUGUUCGAAAAUGUGCGAACAAAAUCGAGAGCUCUAGCUCGAAACUUUAGUUAUAUGGCAUCAUAAGUUGUACAUUAGGUAAUAUGAAUUAUACUUUCAUAAAAAGAAUAAAACUAAAUAAAAAAAAAAUAAAACUAAAUAAUCGAAAUUUUGCAAUAGGUCUACUCUGCUAUUAUAGCGAACACAGGUGUACAUGUGAACCUAUAAAAAUGCUCUAUAUUUAUUUAUUAUUUUGCAAAUUUUAAGUGAAGCUAAUAUUUUUCUAGACGUCAAAUGCGCGACCCAUUCAGUAGCCUCUGCCAGCGGCAUGAAUUUGGUUGCUUUUUGGCGUCGUUUGAGAGUUUGUUGCUUUUGGAAAGCGCAAAGCGUUGAAAACAUAUACGAGUAUAUGUAUGUAUGUAUGUAUGUAUGUAUCUACUAAUGAAAGACUAUACUACACAUAUGUAUAUACACACAUAUACAUAUAUUUGUGCAAUCAUAAACAUUUUAGAAUGCAUUUUCGUAUUUAAUUAACUUUUGGCUGCAGAUUUAAAAUUUUCUUGGCGUUUUGUUUGGUUGCUGAAUUACUUAGUUUUAAUAUUUUAUACUACCGGAGAAUUAUACCUGUAAUCUAGUUAAAAUAAAAAUGGCAAAGAGUUAUGCCGUCAAUUUAGAAAUAUGUAUUUA